AUGAAUCAACCCAUUACUUCUCUUUUCUCUUUGCAAUCAACCAAGGGUGAAAAAUUAGUUUGUAACGAAGAUCAUGAUGAAGAUGAUAUUGAGGCUGAUACCGGGGGUCGAAAUACUGUAUAUGGGAUUGAGGUUGACAUGAUGUUGAAAACACACGAGAAUCGCUUGAAGUUAGACAUGGAGAAAAUUGAAAGGCAACAUGAAGAUCGUUUGAAGCUUCAUGCUAGAAACUUUGAAUAUGAAGUCCAGAAGCUUCGUAGUGUAGCAAAGGAAUGCCACAUUUUGUUUGUUGAAGAAAUUAAGAAAGUGCAAGAGUUUGUUAAUGCCAAGGUGGAGUACCUCAAAUCUGAAAUGUUAAAGGAGAUUUCCAAGAUAGAACAAAGUCAUUCGAGUUUGGAAGGAAAUAUUGAUAUUGUUGUUGAAGCUAUCAAGAAACUUGUGGAGUAUUAUACUUCCUUUGCUUCCAAGUCUGAUGUUAAGACUGAUUCUGAUUCAAAUGUACUUGAUAAGUUGGCAGAAUUUUUAGGAAGCUUGAAAGAAUCACUUUUGAAGAUUGCUACUUCCCAUUGCAUUUCAGUUUCUCAGGAUUCCUUGUCUCAAAUGUUUUCUUCCUUUGAAACAAUUAUUAAAGAUAAACUUGCUCCUCUUCUAAAGCUUGUCAAUCUGAUGCCAACAAAUUCCCCAACUGUCAAAAUGGUGGUGCAAGGCGGAGAAAAGAAGGUUGGAUCUUCGAAGGAUCCUUCUUAA